AUGAAGGUGGCACAAGCUGGAAACUUUGACUUCCACGGAGUCACCGUGUCCAACACUUCCAUCACCGCUGACGUACCGGAGGAAGAGAGUUGCCGUGGUUACAGGGCUGGCGUGAAGCUGCACUUACAAUGUGAGCGCCUAGAGAGUGAAGAUGGCCAAUUGGGGGGGAUGCUCUGCCUCCUUGACCAUCACCAUGGUGCCUACUCGUGCGAGGGGAGUGAGUGCGUCGCCACGUGCUUUCUCAGGCUGCAAGCUUGCGUGGAUCAUUACGGAGUCGACCAGGAAACUGAAUCAGGGGAACCUUACAGUCUCAAGAUGGAUAUCUUCAGUGGAGCGCUGGAUAGUUCCCCCAUGACUAAAUCUGCCAGGUUCAGUCAUAGCACAGAGCGGCCUGCCGAUGUUGAGGGUGUGAGUUCCUCCACACAAUACGCAACCACCGUGUCCGCAACAUCUUCGACCAUCAUCAGCCCGGGAGUCAGCCGCAUGAUCAACGCCAAUGAGAGCGUUCCUGGUGCACCUUCAGGACUAAAAGGGCAUCCUGUAGGCUCCAACGGGAUUCUGCUUUCCUGGACCAUGCCACCUGAUACUCGUGAUAUUGACGGAUAUAUCAUCAGGUACAAGGAAGUGUGUCCCUACCCGGAUCCUGUCUUCACACAAGUAACCAAGUACCUGGAUGUCCCGGAGACUCUGCUCACUGACUUUACCUCGGGUUCCACGUAUCACAUUCAGGUGGCAGGCUCUUCGCCUGCUGGCAUGGGACCAUUUAGUAAACCUGUCUACACAAAGACCAAUGAGUCCCCUCCAGGACUGGUGACCAACCUGACCGCCUUUGCUCAAACUCACACCUCUGUGCUGGUCAAGUGGUUCCUGCCACAUCGCAUCAACGGCCUCAUUACAAAGUUUUCCGUCAAGGCCAAGCACGCUCGCACGGGCCAGACGGUGCGCAACCUGGAAGUCAACGCCGAGGACAUCAUGAUGGGAGCGCUGCCUCACUGCAAUGACGCUGCGGAAAUUCUGUCUCGAGCGACCGUCAGCCCCUUGGAAAUGACGGCGGUGUCUCCGCCCUACACGCUCGGGGCCGUGCCCUCCGCGGCCGCUUGGAGCGUGCCCAUCUCCGUAGGGGUGGAUCAGCUUCGGCCUUACACCGCUUAUCUUUUCGAAGUGUCUGCUUUCACAUCUGACGGGGAGGGACAGAUCGCCUCCACCAUGGUCCGCAUGCCAGAGUCAGCCCCAGAAGAUGCUCCACAAAACCUCUCCGUAUUCAACGUGACGUCUCGAUCCAUAUCCCUCGCCUGGAACUCUCCCAAUAUCAUCACUGGGAAAUUCACCUAUGUAGUCUUCCUAUACGGGCCUACGGGAUACUUGUACGAGAACAGCACAGCGGACAUGCGAUUCUCCUUAACCGGCUUAGCUCCGUACGCAAAGUACUCUGUGGAGGUGGGGGCCAAAGCGGCCGGAGAAGUCGGUCCGGUGGCUCGGAAUGAUGUGAGGACAUCGGCUGAAGCGCCCAGCGCUGUCCAGGACCUGGUGGCGUUUGCUGAGGAUGCUGUUUCAGUCCGUGUGAACUGGAGAACUCCGGCCCAGCCCAACGGUCCAAUCACUCAUUACAGAUUGCAGGUCCUGCUGAACGACACGCUGUUACAGGACAUCACCCUUGUAGGAGAGCUGAAUGCCACCACAACUGGUUCCUAUGAAGACGAGUCACCCAGCCCCGAUCAAAAUGGGCGGCGUAGGAGGAACGUUGAGCUGGGUCAGACCUCCACUGCUGCUCAUAUUGACCCCACGCAGUCUACCGACAUCACCUCCUUCAGCUUGACUCACCUCAGAAGUGCUGAGCAAAACACCGACGCUCAGACUGACCAGAAUUUUAACCCCUCUGUCGCCCUCGUGGUCACAGAGACACCCAGCGACACUUACCAUUCAUUUCAGCCUCCCACCAUAGCUUUUUCCGCUACGCCUGUCCCGCCUGUUACGCUUCCACCCUGGCUGAGUACGCCAGAUGACGACGUGACCGCCGAAUCGUCCCGCCUCACUCACACCCCGGGCACCUUGCGCUCGUCCACUCGUCAGGGGUCUAUCACAGCACACGCCGUGGCUUCUGCAAGUUCAGGUGUAAGCGUACGAGAGGAGAUGAUGGACCUGUCAACGGACGAGCUCUACUACCUGGUGUCCGACCUAGAACCUUUCACCGAGUACACGUUUAGGGUCGCCGCUUCCACUAUAGUAGGCGAAGGGCCGGCCGCUGACAUCACCGAGAAGACCCGAGAGCAAGUCCCCAGCUCAGUAUUGGAACUUUCCUACCAAAACAUCAGCUCCACCUCCAUAUUUGUGAGCUGGGCGGCGCCACUCAACCCCAAUGGACGAAUCACACAUUACACUGUCUACGGUCUAGCGCUGAACACUGAUCAGCGUCUGAAGUGGGUUACAAACUCAACCAGCAUACUGAUAACAGAUUUGGAGAAGUAUACUGGUUAUAUGCUCCACGUCGCGGCGUCGACGGCUGUGGGCGAGAGCUUGCUAUCCCAGGAAGAUGCCAUCUUGGUUCUCACAUUAGAGGACGAACCGGAUUCCCCUCCAGUAAACCUCACGGUGGUGGACACCAGCUCGUCAACAGCCACCUUGACUUGGUCCGCCCCAAAGAAAGCCAACGGUGUGAUCCAACAGUACACGAUCCUCUACGAGAACCGGUCGUUUUCCAAUUCAGUGAACACCUCCAGCAACAAAGUCACUCUGACGCACCUGAGGCCCUUCACCUACUACAACGUCUCUGUGAUGGCCUUCACACGUUUCGGCCAUGGCAACCAAACUUCGAAUUAUUUACUUGUGUUGUCUGGGGAGGAUGUGCCGGGCAGUCCUCCAUACAGCCUCGCUUACGAGUCGCUCAGUCCAAACGAGGUGAACGUGACCUGGCUGCCUCCGUUGGUGCCCAAUGGCAUCAUAACCCACUACAGCUUGGAGUUGUGGAAUUCCACCCAUUAUCUCAACCUCACCUCCCCUAUCAACUUCCUGCACCUGACCCACUUGAGGAAGUUCACGCGCUAUCGCGUCACGGUGCAGGCGCACACUCGGGCCGGGCCGGGGAACUUCAGCACGGAGCCGCUCAACAUCACUACGCUGGAGGAUGCUCCAGACACGCCUCCUCAAUUUCUCCACGCCAGGAAGUUAUCCAACUCUGAGGUAGAGUUGUCCUGGCAACCGCCCCUCGAAGCCAAUUCGGAGAUACUCUAUUACGUCGUGAGAGUGUGGAACGAGACAAUGGAUCUGCUGCAGAAUGCGACUGAGACGUCAGUGAUUAUUAACAUGGACCUUGAGAGUCUCUACAAUGUAUCCGUCUCCAGCUGGACCAGGCUGGGAGACGGAGGGAUGAGGGCCUACAUUAUCUACGACGCAGAGCCCCUUGAACCACCCCGGAUUGUGAAUUUUGCAAACAUCACUACCUCCGCUGUAACCUUGCUAUGGUAUCCACCCACGGAACCAAAUGGGAUCGUUAUCGUUCAUUAUACAAUUUACUACACUCACAACAACACUGUGGCCAAGCAGGAAGUUCCGGUUUCAGAUUUGAUUGUUCCUGUAUCACCUGACACUCUCCUGUCCUGGACUCUGACUGGUCUUAUUGGGGGCACUAACUACACAGUGUGGAUGACUUCCAGUACUGUACUUGGGGAUGGAGGAGUCUGGAGCGAGCCACUUACCUUGCUCUUACCGGAGGACGUGCCGUCCGACUCGGUCCACAACCUGACCGCUCAAAUCUUCAGCUCCACUGCCAUCAUCGUGAGCUGGGACCCUCCCUUGGAGCCCAACGGCCGCCCCCAUUACAUCCUCACCUUGCGGGAAGCCGGCGUCAUCCCCGUGACACCCAACCAAGCCCCUCCCGUGGUCAACAAAACCAUCACGCGCACCACCACCGACAACGUCUUCCUCUUCACCAAACUUCGAAAGUAUUUCCCUUACGUGUUGACCGUCACCCCGGCGACCGGUGCUGGCCCCGCCCAUAACCACACCAGCACUAUGUACCUGAGGACGGAUGACGACGUCCCCAGUUCCGCCCCAUUGCUGGUCUCGGCGGCGAACUUGUCGUCAUCUUCCAUCGCUGUGGCGUGGCAGCGUCCCCUGGAGGCCAACGGGGAGAUCACCGAGUACACCAUCACGCUGUUUGGCCCGGGGGGAUCAAAUAUCAUGCAGACGCCCGAGAGCUCCUUCACACUUAGCAAUCUACUGCCGUACACGGCUUAUAACCUAAGCAUCACCGCCGCGACGCGUAAAGGCUCAGGGCCAGCGCUCGUAUUAAUGCUGCACACUGAUGAGGGAGGUCCCGUGUCCCCUCCCCGCAACUUGACCAUUUUCAACCACACGGCCGUGUCGGUGUGGUUGAGCUGGGAGCCUCCUCUGGAGCCCAACGGGGUGGUCCUGCAGUACGGCUUCCGGAUCCGAGAACUCAUCACACACAUCGUCACACACCGGAAUUCAUCCGGUCCAUCAACCACUGAGUACAUCUCCGGCUUCAGGCCCCAUAGGUCCUACGAGAUCAGUGUUUACAGUUACACGCGAGUAGGCCAUGGCAACCAGUUUAGCAGCCCGGUGACAUUCACCACCAACGAGUCAGUGUCAGAAGCUGUGGGGAACCUGUCGUGUUCAGGAGUCACCUGGGAUUCCAUUCAGUUAUUAUGGGAUCCUCCGCUCAACCCCAACGGGCAGAUCCUUUUUUAUGAGAUUGUAAUGGAGUUGGACUCGUACCAGGCCAACGCAGCAGAAUUCACGGUGACUGGACUGCCGCCGGACCAGGAGUACAUACUCGGUGUGGCGGCGGUCAACUCAGCGGGAUCCGGGGAACCAAUUAACUGCACUGCUUCUACGCUUUCCGAGUCAGCUCCAUCUGCCCCUCGCUUCCUCGCCGUCUCUCAAGUCACGGCCAACAACGUGACACUGGAAUGGACUCCUCCGCUUUCUAUCCCGGGCCUGCUCAAAGAGUACCGCCUGGUCACAGAGUUGCUUGACACAAAAUGCGAACCCGACAGCCUAAUCCCCGCCGAAGAACCGGCCUCGGAUUGCUUGGAGUCAAGCGUCACCGUGUCGGUCAACGCUUCGGAAGCGGCCCCGGGUUUCACGCUCCGUCCUUUGGCUAAAUAUCGACACUACCGUUUCAAAGUGGCAGCGGUGACCAAUGCAGGAGUUGGAGAAUAUACCGAGUGGAUUUAUGUGCAAACCCUCGCAGGCAACCCAGAUGCCCCUCCCCGUGAUCUCAGAAUACUACCUACCUCCGGCAGCUUUCGUAUUGACUGGGACCCUCCGGAUAUUAUUUCCGGACCGACGUCCUAUCUCGUGCAGGUGGGCGGUCCCGGUUUGAAUUACUCGAUUAUCCGAGCGCCAGGGGAGUUGACUACGGUGGUUGUAACUAACCUGACGGCGUUCUCGCUUUAUUCCGUGAUGGUCACCGCCUUCACCGGCCCUGUAGAGAACGCCGCCGUGGACGGGAAGGCCAUUGGGCCCUUUGUGUUUCAAACGCUAGAAGAAGAGCCUAAAGACCCACCGAAGAACGUGGUAGUCUCCAUCAUCCCGGACGAAGUAAACCAGGUCAAGGUGACCUUCACGCCGCCGGAAGAACCCAACGGAAGAAUCACGUCCUACUUUGUGUACGUCUACGAGAAAGAGCUCCUGGUGAGAAACGUCAGCCUGAAUACCACCCAAAAUGACCACGACAUGCUGACUGCCGUCAUCGACGGCCUGAAAGGUGGUCACGACUACAGUAUUCAGAUAUCUGCAAAGAACGGCGCCGGUCGCAGUCCACCCAGCCCGCACGUCCAGAUAACAACCGGAAUCAAAGCGCCGGCCAAGCCCGCUCAAAGACCCCAGGCAGCGCUCGGCCAUAGAGGGGUUGCCAUGGUUACCCACAAGAGUAUCACCAUCCGCAUGCCGGCGUGUUUCUAUAGUGACGACAACGGGCCAAUUGCAAAAAUUCAGGUCAUCGUGGCUGAGUCAGGGGUGAAGGAUGCCGCAAACCUUACGACCUGGAGGAACGCCUUUUUCAAACACCCCGGCCCGUACGUGACGGACCAGGGCUUCCCCAACCCGCCGUGUCCGGGGGACACUCGCGGGGUACCCGAAAGCCUCCGACGCAAUCGCACCAUGGCGGAGACGUAUGUGAUAGGAGAGCGCGACGAGUGUAUGCAGGAGAACCACACGGACCCGUUGUGUAACGGACCUCUGAAGGCCAACACUGUCUAUGUGUUCAAAUUCAGAGCAACCAACAUCAUCGGACAAUUUACUGACUCCCAAUAUUCUGACCAUAUUAAAACUGCAGCUUAUGGGCUGCUGAGCAGAGACGAGCAGAUCAUCUUGGGUGUGCUUCUCUCCUUCUUCUUGGCAAUGCUGCUGAUUGUCAUCAUCUGUGUGUCCGUCAAGAUCCACCAGCGUAAGAAGGAGGGCGGAACGUACUCCCCCCGAGAAGCGGAAAUCAUCGAGACCAAGUGUAAACUGGAUCAGCUGAUUGCUGUGGCAGACUUGGAGCUGAAGCAAGAAAAAGUCAAACGGUAUUCGUCCUUCUUCUUCAGACGGAAGGAAAUAUACGUCAUCCAACUUCUCAGCUACAGGAAAUCGCUCAAGCCUGUCAACAAGAAGUCUUUCCUCCAGCACGUUGAGGAUCUGUGCAAUAACGACAAUGCCAAAUUCCAGGAGGAAUUUUCCGAGCUGCCCAAACUACUUCAGGACCUGGCCACUACGGACGCAGACUUGCCUUGGAACAAAUCCAAGAACCGGUUUCCCAAUAUAAAGCCCUAUAAUAACAAUCGAGUGAAACUGCUGUCAGAACCGGGAACUGCGGGCUCGGACUACAUCAACGCCAGCUUUGUCUCAGGCUAUCUGUGUCCAAAUGAGUUCAUCGCCACCCAGGGUCCUCUACCCAACACAGUGGCUGACUUUUGGAAGAUGAUCUGGGAAACGGGCACCCGCGCCAUCGCCAUGCUCACGCGGUGUCAUGAAAAAGGCCGAAUUCGCUGUCACAAGUACUGGCCGGAGGACAACAAGCCCAUGUCAGUAUUUGGUGACAUCCUUAUUUCAAAAGUAUCUGAAGAAAUCCUUCCUGAUUGGACUGUCAGAACGCUUAAAGUGGAAAAGCACGGACACUACAUUUUAGUCCGCCACUUCAACUACACGUCGUGGCCCGAGCACGGGGUCCCGGAAUGCUGCGGCACCCUCAUCGAGUUUGUCCGGGCGGUCCGAGGCCACCGGCACGAAAACACCACCAUAGCGGUCCACUGCAGUGCCGGGGUUGGCCGAACGGGCGUGUUCAUCGCUCUGGACCAUCUCAUUCAACACAUCAGAGAUCACGACUUUGUGGACGUUUACGGCCUGGUGGCUGAGCUGCGCAGCGAGAGGAUGUGCAUGGUGCAGAAUCUGGCCCAGUACAUCUUUUUGCACCAAAGCACGUUGGAACUGCUGAACAACAAAGGCAACAGUCAGUCCAUCUGGUUUGUCAGCUACUCUGCUCUGGACAAGUUGGACUCACUGGACGCAAUGGAAGGUGACGUUGAACUGGAAUGGGAAGAGACCACCAUGUAGACAGACACUUUUGCCUUAUUUUUGGGAUUUGAUGAAAAAGACGAGGAGAAUCAGUCUUUGGAACGUUGCUACCUUCAAGGACCUUCUCAAAAUAAUCCCGAAUUACCAUGUGCCCCUGACGUCCCCGCAUGCCCGGAGAAGGGCGUACCUGUUUGUUUUUGUUUUCCAGGGAGAUUUCAUAGUCACUGGGCCCCUCCCGCUUGGCAGUGGUGCCGUCCGCGUCCCGUCCUCCUGAGGACGAGCCGUCCUCUAGGCUCAGCAACCGGCCGCUGUCGUGGGAAUAAGAGCCGAUAGUCAUCAGCGCUCGCCUCCGUCCAUGACCUUCACAACACAUCUGUGGAGUGUGUGCGUGUGUGUGUCUGUGUGGAGCAGCAGGUGGGAAAUGACUGCAGUAGCCAGAGGCCAUAGCAGGACACAAUUUCAUCACAGUUUGCAGCAGAAAUUCAUUUAAAUCUUCUCUCAAGCCUUUAUCAUGAUAUUAUAAUCAUAAUAAAUGUGUUAAAUUAUGUACAGUCCGAUUAUGUAUUAUGAUUUAUUUCAUCUAUAUUUUGGCCGGAGGAAAAAAAAAUA